AUGGCGUCUCCAAGCGAUGCGGCUUCUAAGGAGGAUGAAUUCUUCGCUCAGAGGCGAACCGUGCUCGCAUUCCUUGAUUUCCUCCGCACAGCCCCCAUCCCUUCCUCAGUUGACUCAGACGCCCUAGAAGUUGCCGCAGACUGCCUUUCUGAAGCUUUUGGGGUCAGCCCGCAAAACCCGGACGACCUGGAGAAAUAUUCAGUUCUGCCCGGAACACUGUUGCAGCUCAUUCAGGACAGCACGCCAGGUUCUGCUACUGGUCAUGGUUCUUCAAUCGGUGCUGCCCGGCUAGGCGGGCAGCUAGUGGAAAAUUCCCAGGCUGCUGCCCCGCUGCCCGAACCUAUGGAUGAAGGGGACAAGGCUGGCGUCGAGCCUCGCUUGGGAGACAGGGUCGGGGGAGGUUCGGUUGCUGCAGGAGCAGAAAACGCGAGGAUAGACAACGGGGGCGGCGGAGGCAGUGGGGGAGGGGAGGAAGUAGAGAUGAAAGACGCAGUUGAAGGGGUUACAGAACAAAUGGGAGAACAAGGGAAAGAAAGAGAAGGGGAAACUGGGCUUGUGGAAUCUGGAGCGGGUAUGAGUGGGGAGGGGCAAGAUCGGGGGAAACAGGAGGUGCGGAGCGAAGGGGAAGCGGAGAAGACAGAGGGGGAACAGAGCAAAGGAAAGGACAGGCAAGGGGAGGAGGGGCAGGGGGAAGGUCAGGGUGCUCUGGAUCUGGAGAAGAAGCUUCAGGAGUUUUUGCAGGGGCUGGAGAGUGCGGGGUAUUAUGCGGGGACAGUGGCGGGUAGUGAGGAGUAUGCGGCACGGCAGCAGCAGGCACGAGCGAUUUUUCACCAGUGCGUUGCUCAGCAGGGUGGGGGGAUGGGGCAAGGAGCAAGGGAAGGAGGAGACAAGGAGGGAGGAGAGAAGGAGGGAAGGGAGAAGGAGGGAGGGGAGAAGGAGGGAGGGGAGAAGAAGGGGAAUGAGAGGAACGAGAAGGAGCAGGAGGGCGGCAGCAAGGGCAGUGAGGAGAGGAAGCCUUCUGGUCCGUCUACUCAGCAUAGUGAUCCUUCUGCCUCGACUUCGGAGGCGCAAUGGCUGGAGGAGGAUAGUACGCAUGUCGUCUUCAAGCAUUUCAAGGUUCCCAUCCGUCCCGACACAGUCGGGACUAUCCGCGUUUGCAAGUAUUGCUCCAAGGAGUUCAAGGGUGGUGCGUUCCGAUGCGCUCAGCAUCUCGCGAAAUGGAAGGGACAGCGCUCUCGCGACGUCCGCCUGUGCGCUAAGGUUCCAGCCGACGUGCGAGCGGCGGUGGCUGCGCACUACGAGAAGAAGGCGUCCAACCGCGACGAGAAACGGCGGGCCGAGGAUGCUGCGCUCAAUGCUGUCGUGGGAGGUGCGAAGAGAGGACGCAUCACCGACUUCAUCGGCGACGAGGCGCAGUGCAAGAAGGGCGAGGCGGACUACGCCGUCAGUUUGUUCUUCGCCGGCUGUCGCAUUCCCGAACACCACGCCGACAACCCGUUGUGGCGCAACAUGGUCAGGGCCAUUAACAACGCACCCCACUGUUACCUUGCGCCGCGACGGAACUACAUCGGAGGAGCUGGUCCGAAGCAGUGCCGCACGAGCAUCGAGAAGGGGCUUCAGCCAAUCGCCGCGAGCUGGAAGAGGGAUGGCGUCACCGUCUCAUCCGACUUGAUGACCGAUCGGUGCGGGAGGCCGCAGGCGAACGUCAUGCUGGUCAACGAUUCAGGAGCGGUGUUCGUGGAGGCUAUCGACUGCAACAUGGAGUCCAAGACCGGCGGCUACAUCGCGUCGCUCCUCCGCCCCAUCAUCGAGAAAGUGGGGCCCCAAAACGUGGUCGCACUUUGCAUGGACGGCGGAUCCAACUACGGUGCCGCCUGCAAGGAGCUGAUGGCGGAUUGGCCCCACAUCGAGUACGUGCCGUGCGCUACGCACGUACUCGACCUCCUGUUGGAGGACGUGGGCAAGAUCACGUGGUGCAAGGACAUUGUGGAUCGGUGCGGGGACAUGAUCACCUACGUGCGCAACCACCAUUUCACCCGCAACUACCUGAGGAGUAAGAAGGUGAAGGGAGGAAAGGGGAAGCAGCUUGUGAAGCCGGCGGGGACGAGGUUCGGCACCAACUACAUCGCCCUCUCCAGGCUCGUCGAGCUGCGGUCCACGCUGUCGCAGAUGGUGCUGAGCGAGGAGUUCGCCAACUGGUCGGCGGGGGCUAGGAAGACGACGGCGGAUACAUUCCGCGGGCAAGUCAUGGACGACGCCUGGUGGAAGAACGCUGCGUACCUGGCGGAGCUGUUGGCAAUUCCAUUCAAGGUGAUGCGCGCCACGGACAGCAGCGCCAAAGGGAUGAUGGGGACCAUCUACGACCUAAUGCUCCAGCUGACCGAGGACGUGAACGACAAGCUGGAAGCGGGGGAGAAGAUCUUGCCGCGGGCGGUUGCGACUGACAUUGGGAAGAUUGUUCGGCGCCGUUGGGACGAGAGCCUUGCGUGCGCUCUUCACGUCGUGGGGCGGAUCCUCAACCCGGCAAAUCAGGAGGAGGGUAUUUUCCGCAACGACAUGGAAUGUACCCGCAUCUUCAAGGCCUUCAUCGCACGUCACUACGACGGUAAGACGUUCACCAAUAAGGAUGGUGAGGAGAGGCGUGCCUCUCUUGUUUUGCAGGAGGGGCUCACGGCCUUCCUCACCCUUGAUGGUUCCUUCGGCCUUCCUGAGGCAAUUGCCGACAGGGAGGCCGUGAAGGCAGGCAAGCUGUCGAUGGUGGCGUGGUGGGGAUGGCACGGGACUGACCACCCCCACCUGGCCAGCCUUGCGUGCCGUGCCCUGACACAGCCGGUGUCGGCGUCGCCGUGUGAGCGCGGGUGGGCAUCAUUCGAAUCGGUGCACACUGCCCGCCGCAACAGGCUAGGCUCGGAGAAGCUCCGAGACCUAGUUUUUGUGACCCACAACUGGCGUGUGGUCCACAAGUACCACAAGAUGGGCAAUGCGGCCAUGGCAGCCCAUCAAUACGAGGAGGCGUUGUCUCUCUACUCCAAAGCGAUCGCUCUCUGUGGUGGCACCAAUGCCAUUUACUAUGCCAACAGGGCUGCAGCGCAGCACCAGCUGGGAAACUACAUGGAAGCUGCGGCGGACAGCAGGAGGGCAAUAGCCGUAGACCCGAGGUACAGCAAGGCGUACAGCAGGCUGGGGCAUGCGUGCAUGGCGCUGGGACGACACCACGAGGCGAUCGAAGAGGGCUUUAAGAAAGCUCUGGAGCUAGAUCCGUCCAACGCAGCGCACAAGGAGAACCUUAAGGUGAGCUCAGCUGUCCCUCUUACGAGAUGCUCCUUGUACUGA